CCCUCUUCCACUCUCUGCACAGAAACAUAGAGAACCCAGUGGGACAGCACUCACUGUGAUGGUAGUUUAGCAACCAGUCCUAUUUACUCCAUCCGGAUACUAUGGGAUCUUCAGUGGAACCCAUAGCAUUUCACAUACCCAUGGAUGGUUUUCUGACCUUUGGAACCACGGAAUUCAAUUCAGGAUCGGACAAGUCUAGAGGUCACAGAAGCGAACAUAUGAAGUUUUCAGGCGUGGGCAAGUUUGGUCUUCUGAACGACCCUGUUAGAAUGGUCAAGCAACGUCAUCGCCACAGAAACCGCACUGCCCUCUCCGUGAUUGCAGAGUUAGGGUCGGAGAGCAAUGCUCACGGCUUUGCAAAGAUUGUUACGUCCGACGACACAAAGCGCAAGGUGAUCUGGGCCCUCUUGGUGAUCAUGGGUUUCACAGCAGCAACACUCCAGCUGUCCCUGUUGGUGAGGAAAUACCUACAGUUCCAGGUGGUGGAGCUCUCCGAGAUCAAGGAGAGCAUGCCCGUGGAGUUCCCGUCCAUUUCUGUAUGUAACAUCGAACCCAUUUCUUGGCGCAAAAUGCGCAUUCUGUUUUCAUCAAACAGCACAGAACUCAUUUCUUGGAUUAAUUUUGUGAGCAGUGAAAAGUUACGUUUUGAUGAUCAGCAUGCUGCUCACUUAACGUCUAUCCGGGCCUUCUAUGAGAAUCUUGGCGAAGAAGCCAAGUUUAUGAGCCAUGACAUAAACGACUUUCUCAUCAACUGCAAAUUCAGUGACGAAGUCUGUUCGGUGCACAAUUUUACAACAUUUUUCGAUGGAAAUUAUUACAGUUGCUUCACAUUCAAUGGAGGAGAUAUGGCGGAGAAGCUACUGAUGCACGCAACUGGACCACAAAAAGGUCUCUCCUUGAUUAUCUCCCUUGACAAUGACGAUCCUCCAUUGGGGUCCUACGGAUUGUAUGAUAUGAAUUCCAACAUCCUCCACAGUGCGGGGGUCAGAGUGGUGGUGCAUGCACCCAACACCAUGCCAAGUCCAGUAAAUCACGGCUUUGAUGUUCCACCUGGGUAUUCCUCCUCCAUCGGAUUGAAAGCCGUGCUGCACACGCGGCUGUCGGAGCCCUACGGAAACUGCACAAACGAUGACUUGCUGGGAACGCAGGUGUAUCGGAACACGUUCUUCUCAUGUUUGCAGCUUUGUCAGCAGCGACUUAUCAUGAGUCAGUGUGGCUGCAUGUCAUCUGAUCUGCCGGAAACUGAAGCGGAAAAUGUGACCUUCUGUGGCGUGAUAGACAAUUGGAAGGAUCUGAUGUACAAGGCAAUGAACUCUAACGAAACAAGGCACGUAGACCUCCCUAAGCUCAAGUGUGAGCAAGAACUGAUACAAAAGAUGUCCCACGACAGAUCGUAUGAAAAAUCGUGUAAAUGUUUCCAGCCUUGCCAUGAGACAACGUUUCAAAAAUCGGUGUCGCUUUCGUACUGGCCCCUGGAGUUUUACCAGCUGAAUGCCUUGCAAUUGCUUUAUGGAGACAAAAUAAACCAAAACUUUAUGCAUGAGGCUUAUACGUAUCUUUCCAAUCUGGCCAACCUUACAAAGUUGAAGAGUGAUAGAAAUGAUUCAAGAACUGAGAACAUCAUCAAACAAAGUUACUCGUUAUCCGAGAAAGAGAAAACCGAGAGAGCAUCAAACUUGAUUCGGCAGAAUUUGCUGCGACUUAACAUUUACCUGGAGGAUUUAAGUGUGGUGGAGUUUCGCCAGCUCCCAGCGUAUGGCCUGGCCGAUCUGUUUGCUGAUAUUGGCGGCACUCUGGGACUGUGGAUGGGGAUUUCAGUACUGACUAUCAUGGAACUCAUGGAGUUAAUAGCAAGAUUAAUUUUGCUGCUUUUUAAUUCUGAGAAGAAGAUGCCCGAACACGACCCAGUUUCCAACGGAAUGCUGGACCACGAACAUGAUUAUGACUACGACAGACGGAAUGAGUCUCCCGUUUGACCGAAAUAAGUUCCCAGAAUGGAUGACAUAAAUUAAUGCUCAGGGCAAAAGACAAAGGUAUUUCUUCCAAAGGAUUUGAAAAUUCUGAAAGUGGAUUUCAUUGAAGGAAUAGUGAAAGUUUCCAGUGGUGCAAUAGCGGCCAUCUUUAGGAUUAUGGCCAUAAUUCCUUCUAAGCAUAGUAUGGGACAGAUCAAGAUCAAUGACUGGCCGUUGUUUGUCAGGAACAGCCUCUCUGUUCAAUUCUGGGAUGGACCAAGUGCAUUUUGUUGAUUUUACAAAUUCCCAUCAUCUACUAAGACACCUGCCCGGGAGCAAUGGGAAAGACAGUUCAACUGGACCUUGGUGUAACAUACAAUAUGACUGGUUAAAAGUCAUGUGACUACCCGACAACCGCAGAGUGUUAUGUAACCUGUGAUUGGAUUAACACAAGCAACUAUGUGUCUCUUGUUACAGAUUCAUAAUCAAGUGUUUGGGAGUGUUAUGAAUAUUGGUGAGAAUGUGGAACAAUUCAUGCCAAUUAUAUUACUGGUAGUGUAUGUGAGAAUUAUGUCCUGCCAGAAAUGGCUUUGUGGGACAAGGACCCAUACUUGGAACUGUGCUAUAUUUGUAAAUAUAAACGAAGGUGUUUCACCAUAGCAACAUGUGAUGUCAGUGUUAAAGUCUGAUGAGAUUUGAAAGAUCCAUAUAUAUUUUGUCAACUAUAUUAUCAUUUAUCAUGCUUUCUCCUCUGCAAAUGUUAUCACUUAACUAGAACAUGUAUACACAAUACGUAUUCCCUAACAGUGAAGCAUGUUAUCAUUUGAUUAGAACAGAUAUACACAAUACGUAUUCCCUAACAGUGAAGCAUGUUAUCAUUUGAUUAGAACAGGUAUACACAAUAUGUAUUCCCCAACAGUAAAGCAUGUUAUCAUUUGAUUAGAACAGGUAUACACAAUACGUAUUCCCCAACAGUGAAGUAUAUAUUAUCACGUAAAGGUCAAGUAAAGCGAAAAACAUUUUGCGAAAAUAAAUUUCCAAGAUACAGUUAGUCAAUUUCCGAGAGAGAGAGGAGAGAGAGAGAGAGAGAGAAAGAGAGAGAGAGAAAGAGAGAGAGAGAGAGAUAAUAACAAUAAUAUUCGCAGAAAGUAUUUAAAUGUCCAAGUGAAAGUGCUGAAAUCACACGCUCAGUAAUCCACUUUCCAAAACAAACUAAUUUGGGGGCGUGGCCUAAAGCUACCGCCGCAGCGGUGACAACUGUUUUCGUUGGCUGAUACGUUCGCCGCGUUUAUCUAUCUUGUGAUUCUUAGACAUUAUACAUAUACUGUUUCUGCUAUAUCAGUUAAUCCUACAAAAACAUUGCAUACAUUGUUGAAUGUGUGAAACGACCCUUGAUCUUGACAUUGUGAAUAAUUAAAUUCGGUACUUAGAGUUUUAUCACUAACCUCCUGGUCGGGUAAUAAAACACCAGCUGCCCUCUGCCCUAUUCCCCACAAUAAAUGCCUGUCAGGGCUUAACCCCCUGAGUCAACAACUGCAGGCAUCUUCAGUGUUGUUACUAAGAUGACAUAAGUUGCGGACACGGUAAUGAUGGAUGAGCAGACAGAAAAAAGACGUUAUCCAAAAAAACCGGCAUCAGCCAUAAACAAUGAAAUUACGCAGCGCAGUUAAAAAAAAUAAGCCACAUCAUAGUCAUUGCCAAUUUAACUUGGUAAAGAUACCAUAUGCAUUAUUUUUUAAUAACUUGCAAAUUAUAUAUAAAGAAACUCAUUUCACACAAUUUCAGCAAGUUUUAGCACAAUAUGGAACAGACUUAUCGUCCACUGAGAGGGCAUCUUGACGUGGUCCUGCAUGUGGGUCACAAAAUCCCGAGCUUGCAAUAAAUUCUAUCUUAUCUGAAGGCCUCUGAAUAAGCUGGAUUAAUUCCAUCUGCUUGGGUAGUGGAAAGUAUUGGCCAGUUUGAUAUACGGCUGCUCCAGUAGGGCCAAGGAGGACAUGUCCAAUGCCCAAAUCUCAGGUUGGUUACCAGGCCUCUUACCAGCCUGUACAUAUCACAUGGACAGCAAAACAAUAGAUCUUGAAUCAAUAUAUUAUUAUGAAAACAUUUCUGAAAUUCUUUAGCACCAUAUGUUUUUGAGUACAGUGUGCACCCAAGCAUGACUCGCAAUCAAAUGGGGGAUUUGUAUUUUGGAAAUAGAUUGUUUGUUUAAGCACAGUUAAAAACUACAUCAUAUUCCUUCACAUGUUCAGGGAAUAACCAUCUUGGUCAUUAAAAAGAUGAAAUUUGAGAAAAAUACAAGACAAGACAUGAGAAGUUACCAGUUAAACUGUAUUUCCUGUUCUGAUAGGCAUUGUUUUACAUGCAGAGAUUAAAAAUACCUUGGUUUUUCUCUUGUAAUCUGAGGUGGACAUAGCAAUUAGUUGUACACACAUUUUCUCUAUUCUAGAAAUGAAUUUUGAAAGAAUGAUCAGAAUUUGUUUUAAAUGAAUUUGAAACUAUUAUUUCAACAGGAAUAAUGAAUUUAAAUACAGUGUCAUUUUAGUUGCAGCUUUUAAUAUAUAUAUUCAAAAUAAUAACCAUAAGUGUAGCAAGUGUAGGUACAGCUGAUUCCUAUUGCCAGAUAUUAUUUACAUAUGGAACAAUUUGACCAGUCACCAUUGAGACUUCCCGCAGUCUUGCCAGUUUGAUCGCAAAAACGAUAUAUUGAUACACAAUCAUCAAAUUACAACAAAUAUCACUUUCAACAAGUGAAAGUAUGGUAUUUAUGAUAUAUGCAUCCAUUCUCUGUCAACUAAAGUUUGUUUCAAGGUGCCAAUAGCUGUAAUCUAACCAUGGUUGCUAUAAAUAGUGAGUGAGUUGGGUUUAACGCCGCUUUUAACAGUAUUGAUCCAGUUAUAUUGCGGCGUGUCAGCUUAAUGUGGGAAGAAAGCCCGAAGUGAUGCAGGUCUCAGACGUUUACCACU